AUGAUCACCACUCUCCAGAUACCAUUCCCUCAAAGUCACGCCGUACUCCGUACCGGGGCUUCAGUAUUCUCGAGAUUAUCUCGGUUCCAUAUCGCAAACCCCCUAGCACAUUUUCCACGACGCCAAUGGCGACCACCUAUCUUUGGCCCGCAGCAUCAAACCCGAGGACUACGAACACGACCACCUCUAGCCACACAUCCCUCCCGUGUUCUGAAAACGGACGAGAAGCUUGACAAACUCAUGGCGUCCGAAGCAAGAUUCGAGCAGGAAUACAAAGCGGCUGGAAGUAUCAAACAACGUCUUGCAGCUUUUGCCAAGUAUCGAGAGUCCCUUGCUCCGGCUGCUGAGCGAGAAGAUCCAGAGUCUCUUGCACGAAAAAUCAUCGCAGAACAUGAGUAUGAAUUGAAGGAGGCUAAGAAAGAUGGAAUCGAAGACGACAAGGAGCCCCCGAAGCCAGAAUCGAGGAGCUUAGAGGAGAAAGAUACUCCCCAGGCUGGCUCUACAAAGACUUACAGGAGGAAUACCAACAGAGCUGAGUCGGAAACCCCCAACAUAAAAUGCAUAUGCCAUCGUUCACUUGAGCUCGAUAAUACACGAGUGCUGUGA